CGUUCGCCUCCUGUCACAAUACGAGAAAAAAAAAGUCAGAAAGCCGACGUUAUUUCAUCAGAAAACACGCCACGGUCUAACACAAGAUCCUCAUACCUCCUAGAGAAAGGGCGGGUGUACUUUGUCAGAGGAAAACGACUCGGGUGCGAUGGACCAAAAUCUCAAUGGCUGGUUUACGGAGCGCUCUCCCAUGUGGCCGGGACAAGCCUUUUCUCUGAAGGUUGAAAAGAUUCUUCAUGAGAAGCAGAGCAAGUUCCAGCACAUUCAGCUGUUUGAGAGCGCCAACUUUGGAAAGGUGAUGGUGUUAGACGGUGCCAUCCAGUUUACAGAGCGCGAUGAGUGCUCGUACCAGGAGAUGAUCACAUUCUUAGCACUAAAUUCUCAUCCUUCUCCGAAAAAGGUACUGAUUGUCGGAGGUGGUGACGGGGGUGUUGCACGCGAGGUGGCCAAACACCCAGCAGUGGAGAAAGUGGUUCAGUGCGAAAUAGAUAGCGAGGUGAUAGAAGCAUGCAAAACUUAUGUUCCCUCGUUAGGAUGUGGAUUUAGUAACCCGAAGCUGACGCUCUACACUGGCGAUGGUGCAGAAUUCCUCGAGAAAACUGACGAGAAGUUUGAUGUCAUAAUCACUGAUGCAUCAGAUCCUGUUGUUGCCGAUGAUGACCAGGGAGACAAAACUAAAGACGGUCCAGCAGCGUCACUCUUCAAAGAGGAUUACUACGCAAAGAUGAAGGACAAACUGGCCGAUGGAGGAAUACUCUCUUGCCAGUGUGAGUCUAUGUGGUUGCACAUCAAGCUCAUUACGUCCUUGGUCAAGACCAGUCGGGCGAUCUACCCGGUGGUCGAAUACGCUUAUACUUGCACUCCGUCGUAUCCCUCAGGCCAGAUUGGCUUUCUCCUCUGCAGUAAAAAUGAGAACACAAAUUUCAGGGAGCCAGUUACAGUUUGGGAUCUAGAAGCAGCAGAGAAGCUGAACCUGAAGUAUUACAAUUCUGACAUCCAUCGCGCUGCCUUCGCCAUGCCAUCUUUCAUGAGGCGUGAACUGGAUAACAUUAAAUAGAGGCUGCCUUGUUCAUCCUGUGCAUUCCAGCACAACUUAAGAUCAACCCUUUUCAUUGAUUGAUAAAACUGUUGUUGCCAUCAUUAAUUCCUUAAGAUUUAUAAGGUUGAUGUGAAUUCAUGAUAUUCAACAUCACAUUUGUAGAUGCACAUGCAGUCUCAGGUGCCAUUCUGUUUCAUAGGUUAACAUUACCUCACCAGGAGUAAUGAUAGCACAACAGCCAUUCUUACUGACCAUACAUUUAUAUACCAUACCAUACUUUAGUUAGUUCACAAGAAAACAUAUUGAAUCUCCAUGAUAAUGAGGGAUAAGAUUUUGAUGUCUAAUGUGCAGGUUCAUGGGUUUAUAGGAUUUUUAAAAGGUUCUCUGAAUAUUUUUCUGUUACUGGUAUAUGGUACUAGUUUACUAAUGUCUUAAGCUUGGUUUUAUAAAAGCCUAAACUAACAAGAUGUAAACAGAAAUAAUAUAGAAUUAAUGGUCCUUAUACUAAUAUUGAUGCGUUGUUGAUAAUUAAAGCCAUUACGAUCUGAUACAGUUGUGUUGAUUUCUGCAAUGUAGAGUGCAAUAACAUAAAAUUUUGGAAUACAAAGUACCUUUGUGCAAAUUAUCUUUAUUUUAUUGGCAGCUGGAUGAAUAUGCUAAGCAUCAACAUAUUCAAUGGAUGGUUAACUAUCUGUGACUCAAAGGUUAAGAAGGACUUUUUUUUACCAUAUUGUUGUUGUUAUUGUUAUUGUUAUUAACCUUUAGUCUAUGACAAUCCUGCAAUCACUUCCACUUGACAAACUUUUUUACCCGGUGUUAUUGGGUUACAGUUUGUUUAGUUUUAUUUAGUGAUUUAGUUGUUUAUGUUUUUAUUUAGUUUAGAAUUGAGGGGGUAGUUAUCAAAGUUAUGUCCAUAAAUAUACUUAUAUUUGUAGAGAAUCAUGAUACACUUUUUCUAAGCCCAAUCUCAGUUUUUAGGUAGUUGUGGAUACCCUAAAGUAAAAGUUGUUGUUCAGGCCCACUUCCCCUCUCUUUUGGAGCUAUCUUGAGAAAUCCAAAAAAUUGUUCUGUAAUUAAAAUUGAUUGACCAGGUAAAUACCAUAGUUCCUUGUUUAAUUUACAUGGCAUAAACCUGUGCCAGAAUUUGUAGGCUUGUCCUAUUGAAUCUGAUUUUUUUUUAUUUAAAAAUUUGCUGUGAGACGAGAGAAAAUACAAGGCUUGGUGAUCGUGGUGAGAGUUGUAAGGAAUUUUCAUUUUUCUGCAUAAUAAAAAGAAAUUGUGUAUAUCACA